ACCCUCGUAUCCAAAUCCAAAAUUGGUUUCAUCAGUUGACAGGGGCUUCCAACGUUUUCUUUUCACCAACUUGUUGUCCAAUUUCUAUUCCCAAAUUUCAGGUAAAUUAAUCAGAUGAUAUCAUUCUGAAAUCCUUCAUAUCUUAUGUCGAAUUAUUCUCCCAGGGUUUUUCUGGUUAUUGAUUAGGUUUAGAAUUGUUAAAUGAACGGAGAAUUACAGCUAGAACCGAGGGGUUUGGAAAACCCUAGCGAUUCAGAUCCUUUGCUUCCGAAUCAUCAAAACACCGGUUCUGAAUCACCAUCACCAUCGCCGGCGGUCGCUGCGAGUUCUAGUGAGAUAAAAGAUGAAGAUGUUGAAGCUGGUUCAAUAGCUACUUGUCGUAUUUGCCUUGAAUGCGACGGAGAAGAAGAUGAUGAUCUGAUAUCUCCAUGCAUGUGCAAAGGCACCCAGCAGUUUGUGCAUCGUUCGUGCCUUGAUCAUUGGCGGUCCGUCAAGGAAGGUUUUGCCUUUUCACAUUGCACAACUUGCAAAGCACAGUUUCAUCUUCGAGUUGUUGAGUCAGAAGACAACUCCUGGCGCAAAAUAAAAUUCAGACUAUUUGUUGCUAGGGAUGUCUGCCUUGUAUUUUUGGCUGCACAAACAGUAAUUGGAAUGAUGGGAGGUCUAGCAUAUCUUGCUGACAAAGAUGGGUCUUUCAGAGAUUCAUUUAAUGAUAGUUGGGACCGUAUAUUGUCAAGGCAUCCUAUACCAUUCUACUACUGUAUAGGGGUCCUUGUCUUCUUUGUAUUACUCGGAUUUUUUGGGAUUAUACUACACUGCUCUUCCUUCAAUAACGAUCCACGGAUGGCUGGCUGCCAAAAUUGCUGUUAUGGUUGGGGAGUUUUGGACUGUUUUCCAGCAUCAAUGGAGGCAUGCUUUGCUCUGGUUAUAGUUUUUGUGGUCAUAUUCGCAAUUCUUGGUAUUGCCUAUGGCUUUCUUGCUGCCACCAUGGCUGUCCAGAGGAUCUGGCAGAGACACUACCACAUCCUCACCAAGAGAGAACUUACACAGGAGUAUGUGGUGGAGGAUCUUCAGGGGUGUUACACACCUCCAAAACUGGAUCCAGAGCAUGUGGAGCGCCUAAAGAUGCUAAACCUUUUGUGACCACCAGAUACAUAUGAUGGCCACCUAAUGCGUAUAUCCAAUACUUUCUUUCAUUGGUGGUGUAACAAUAUACAUAUAAUAUAUAUACACCCUGAUUUUGUUUUUGAUAAGUUGGUAUAUCUUACAUACUUUCAUGCUUUUUCU